CUCGAUGCAACACAAAAGAACCAUAAAAUUUUGACAAAACCCGAAAGGAAGAAGUGUGUAACAGUAGAUUUACGUUAUAUAUAGAGACACAAGCUAAGCGCCUAGUUCGUCAUCACAAGAAGGGAAAAUCCCAAACACAGACAAAACCAACAAUGUCGUCUUCAACCUCAUUACGCUUCUCAGUUCUCCUUCUCCCGUUACUUUUUCACUCUUCAUCUUCUUCUUCUUCAGAACCCUCCCUUCAAGAAAGCUUCGCUCAGUGUCUCUCUCUGAACUCAGACAAAUCCUUCCCUUUCUUCGCCUCCAUCUACGCCCAAUACAACUCCUCCUUCACCACUGUCCUCAAUUCCUCCGCCCAAAACCUCCGUUACUUACUCCCUUCUGCUCCAAAACCCGAACUCAUCUUCACUCCCACCUCCGAAUCCCACGUCCAAGCCUCCGUAAUCUGCUCCAAGAAGCUCAACAUUCACAUCAGAAUUCGAAGCGGAGGCCAUGACUACGAAGGCAUGUCUUACGUUUCAGAGAUCGAGACGCCCUUCAUAGUCAUUGAUCUCGGCAAGCUCCGUGGCAUCAACGUCGAUAUCCAAGACAACUCUGCUUGGGUUCAGGCCGGCGCGACCAUCGGCGAGGUGUAUUACCGGAUUUAUGAGAAGAGCGCCGUGCACGGAUUCCCGGCGGGUCUGUGUACGAGCUUAGGUGUCGGUGGGCAUAUUACUGGAGGGGCGUACGGUUCGAUGAUGCGGAAGUACGGUUUGGGAGCGGAUAAUGUUGAAGAUGCGAAGAUUGUGGAUGCGAAUGGAAGGAUUCUAGACAGAAAAGCCAUGGGAGAGGACCUGUUUUGGGCUAUCAGAGGCGGAGGAGGAGGAAGCUUUGGGAUACUUUUACGGUGGAAGAUCAAGCUUGUUCCUGUUCCUCCGACUGUGACCGUUCUUACUAUUACCAAAACUUUGGAGCAGGGAGCUACUUCACUUCUUCAUAGAUGGCAACAGGUGGCGCCAUUCAUUGAAGAGAAUUUGUUCAUUAGAGUACUGAUUCAACCAAUUGGCAACAAAACUGCCGGCAGAACAAUCUCAACGUCCUAUAACGCGCUCUUUUUGGGAGAUCCCAAAAGGCUCCUUCAAGUGAUGAAGCAAAGCUUCCCUGAACUUGGCUUAACAAUCAAAGACUGUUACGAAACAAGCUGGAUCAAAUCUGUGCUUUACAUCGCCAGCUAUCCAAGAGACACACCCCCGGAAAUUCUGCUUCAAGGCAAUUCAUCGUUCAAGAACUACUUCAAAGCCAAAUCUGAUUUUGUUCGAGACCCAAUUCCGAAAUCUGGGCUUGAAGGCUUGUGGAAGAAGCUUCUAGAAGAAGAAAGUCCCUUGAUGAUCUGGAACCCCUAUGGAGGAAUGAUGAGCAAGUUUGCAGAAUCUGAUAGCCCUUUCCCUCACAGAAACGGAACACUGUAUAAAAUUCAGUAUGUUACGUUGUGGGAAAACAAAAAUGAAGAUGCCACACAACACAUAGAUUGGAUGAGAGGGCUUUAUGAUUACAUGGCAGCUUAUGCGUCAAAAUCGCCAAGAGAAGCAUAUGUGAAUUAUAGGGAUCUUGACCUGGGCAUGAAUAAGAAGAAAGGUACAAGCUAUAAAGAAGCUAGUGCAUGGGGAAAGAUGUAUUUCAAGGGUAAUUUUGACAAACUUCUGAAAAUAAAGAGUGUGGUUGAUCCAGAGAAUGUUUUCAGGCAUGAACAGAGUAUUCCCCCACUGGCAAUUUCCAAAAGAACUAAGAAGCACAAGAAAGUCAAGAAAUGCAAGGAAUGCGAGAAUUCGGAAUGAAUACACGGUUGGUUAAGUUAACAAAUAGGCGGUAUAGACGAAUAAUGAAGGGUUUUAUAUUUUGUCACUUUGGAUGGUCUUAAUUAUUGAUGUGUUAUAAAAACACUGAUAACAUAUGUUUGAAGGGAAGAUGUGUCGGUGAGGAAGCAUGUGUGUGUUCCACUUUUAUCUGUUGUGUGUAUGUGUGUGUGAGAGAGAGAUAUAUGAUGUAAGCAUUAUAUAUUUUGCUUUCAAGGAACGAGCUAGUGCUGUAAUUUUCUCAAGAAGUUAACAACAUAAUCAAAUUUAUUCAGCUCAA